AUGGCAGAUGAUGCUCUAUUUGAAUUCCUUCACAUGGAGAUAGUGUCCCAUGUUUACAAGGAGCAGGCGUCACGUGCAGAUAUUGACAAGGAGAGAGUAUCGUGUGUGUCCGCACUGGAGAGCAUGGGCUUCAGAGUUGGCCAAGGCUUAAUAGAAAGGUUUACCAAAGACUCGCCCACUUUCAAAGAUGACUUGGACAUCAUGAAGUUCCUUUGUAAAGACUUCUGGACUAAUAUUUUCAGAAAGCAAGUUGACAAUCUGAGAACUAAUCAUCAGGGUACCUAUGUCUUACAAGACAAUAAAUUUUCACUGUUGACUCAAUUGUCCAAUGGGAAGCAGUACCUUGAAGAGGCCCCAAAGUUUCUGGCCUUCUCCUGUGGUUUAAUAAGGGGAGCCCUGUCAAACCUGGGAUUGGAGAGUGUUGUAACUGCAGAGGUCUCCUUAAUGCCCUCAUGUAAAUUCCAGGUGGUGAUACAGAAAACGUAGGCUGAGCUAACGGCUAUGGGUCUG